AUGGUCACCAGUUCAACACUCAAUACCGAUCUACCCAGGGAUGUCUAUCUCCUAUGGAAACCUUUUACAAUGCCCACAGACGGAGGCGGCAAAUUUGCCAUAUCAGUAGACGCCGAUAUAGGCGCAAACUUUCUUGCUCUAUACACAAUAAUCCUUGGCUCGAUGUUCGGCUUUUUAUGGCAAUUCAUCACUUACCUGAUCAUUACAUGGUACCCAACAGAAAAUGAUAGCAGGGUAUGGUCUCGAAAAGACCGCAAGGAUUUUAUAAAGGAUGGCACUGGUAGCAAACCGUUGUUACCCGAUGAACUGUUGGAAGUUCGCCGAAAUAAGGCCAACAGAUAUAUCGCUCUCGUCAGCGUUUGGAAUACAACAGACCCAGCCUCAGCCAUGUUAUUGUUGAUGGAACAUGCUUGGAUAAUGUGCAAAACAGUAGGAGACCAGGCAACAUGCAUGCUAGAUGUUAUGGUUUUACUCCUGGCCGCAGGAUUUAUGAUCUCCGCUGGGGCCGCCCGUGUGCUCAUCGCAUCAACCGUUUUUAUAGGCAACGAAUCUCCAAUGGGCAAUGUUGCUCCGGUAAAUCCUGAGAGUAUGUUCUACUGGAACACAGGAAAGGACGUAUCAUUGGGUAUGCGAACGUAUAAUUUCGGAGUAUCCUCGGCCCAGAGAGCUGCUGGAACUGUAGACUCAAUUUCCAACACGACAAUGCAAAAAAUUUCAAUUGAGGGAGAUGACCGGAGUAUUUCUUACAGCUACACAAUAACGGGUGUAGAGUUUGGUUUGCAACAUGCCAGCGAUCUUGUCUAUCCUGUCCUUGGGAAAUGCGAACUUCGAGAUGAUUAUAUAGACACAACCAGCAGUCUUGACUAUGACAUCUACUACAACCCUUAUCUCAAUACUAAUAUGACAGUAAAGGUACAAAGAUCCACCUCAGCGCCCACAGCAAAGGCUGCGUAUUCGAAAUUCAUUAACGAGACUACGGAUGGUCUAAGGAUUGGGAACACCACUUUCAUGAUGGUGUUCGAAACAAAUUCUCUACAAAGUUUCACAGAGUCAACCGAUCCAGUAUAUGAGACAGAAGAACUCCUAGUCUUAUCAGAGGGCUUUCCGAAAUAUGCAAUCAAGCGAGGCAGACCUUCACUUAGUUGCUGGGAGCAAACAUAUUGGGGUUAUAAAGAUAUUAAGAUUUAUGAUCCAAACACUAUCAGUGAAUUUCCCGACCACGUGGUCCCAGGAGCUUUGAAGGACGAGCUUAUACCCUUUCAUUUUGCACAAUCGAGGAUCCCCCGUUUAAUGAGGUCUCUUGGAGGGGCGGUUCUUUUUACAUCUAUGAGCAGUUCUAGUGGAUUAAUAGACGCGUCUUCAGCAAGUUGGUACAAAGACAUAGAGCGUUUAAUCCUCAUAAACUACGUGUCGUCCCGAAACGCCUUCCGAGAUUCGGCCUCGUUAGAGAGCUUAGUAGCAGACUAUCCCGACUUAAAUGCCGCCAGGCAAGAUGGGGUUCCAAAACGGGGCCUCGGUGAUAUAGUUGUGUCUACCUCCAAAGUAACAACAAUGUCACUCACGGUUCUUGUUGUCAUUCCAGUCGCGUGGCUAUUGGUUUGGUUUAUCAUCACGAUCUUCAGAUGCAAUAGAUGUACGUCCAGAAACAGCGGGAAAGCCUCCCGAUACACCUUGCGGGCGGUUGGACUUCAGGCUACACAGAUGUACAGACUUCUAGACGAGGAAGUAUGCGGUGAUCGAGACGACUGGGAAGGCAGAAAGACACACAUGCCGUACAUUCUCAAUCCAAAGAACCCUAAGGAUCCAAAACAUAUAGCGAGUCCAGCGAGUUCCGACACGAUAACGAACUCUCCAUCCCCUCGAUUGACUCCUCCAAUUCCUCUUUUCGCUGCCCCUAAGGUCAUGAAAAAUGAGAAUGAUCAGAGGUACCACCUCAAAUUCGCCGGACCAGUGGAGUACGAGGUGAAGGUGAAGCGAGGAGAGAGUCUAUGGAAUUGGAAUAGUGUUGCCGGUGGGCCUGCUGAUGGCGGUGAGAGUUCCAAAGAUAGUAUUUCUGGGGUCAGCCAGACCUUUGGUGUCAAGGGUAUAAGAGGCUAG